AUGGGCAUGCUCGAUAACAAGAGCACGCGCAAGGAGAGGUUCCUCUACUGCGCCAUUGACAGCCGCGCGGCAUUGGACAUCUACAAGCCGAUUGAGGAGAUUGAAACUCACCGAUUCCUCAAGCGUUGUACUUGCAACACCCGACCAAUUAUAGUAAACACAUUCGACACACCGCUGACCGGCUAUCAUUCGCGCAUCUCUUUAUGGUCACGAAGUGAAGAGAGCAGUGAUCCCUUCAUCAAUAUUGCUGAACGAGCUCUCGAUCAAUUCUCGCAGUCCACCCUCCCGGUGCCUUCAUGGUUGAUUCUCUUCCAUUCUUGGACAAGGUCCCCGAAUGGCUUCCUGGAGCUGGCUUCAAGCGCCCUAGCGCGUGAAUUGCACGAAAUGGUCCAAAAGAUGGUUUCUGCGCCCUACAAGUUCGCCAUAGAUGAGAUAGCUGCUGGCGAUCCCCCGAUGUCAUGCACCUCGGCUAUGUUGGAAGGCCAUACUCUACGGUCGGGACGGCCAGCAGUAACGCUCUGGUUCUUAAUGCUACAGGAACAUUCUGGUGCCUGGUGUGCACUAUGUACCGCCAAUGCCAAUCAAAUAGGGCGGAACAAAGCACUGCCAGGGGUACAAGCGACGUGCGCGCCGAAGAAAAAUACUAUCGAAUUGACUUUCCCAAACAAGUAUAGUACUGGUAUCAGGCUUACUGUAUUCGUCAAUCGAAUUUGCACCCGUCUCCAUGCGAACUGCAGUAGGACAAUAUUCGACGUGGAGUCCGGGAUAAUGUCUGAGACAUCUAUAGAUGCUAAGCCACCUCUCAAGUAUCGCAACGGAGUCGGGCGUGCCUGA